GAAAACAGAGGAGUGAGGAAGACGCAGAGACAGCUUUGAGCAUCUGAGAGACGAGUGGGAAGUGAUAGAGAGAGAAAGAGGAGAAGAUGGGUGGAUGGGAAUGGCUGCGGUCGAAGAAGACGGUUGCUGGUUUGGUUCUGGGGCAGUUCGUCUCUAUCCUCAUCACCUCCACCGGCUUCUCUUCCUCCCAGCUCUCUCAAAGAGGGAUCAAUGCCCCAACAUCACAGUCAUUCCUAAACUACUUCCUGCUGGCUAUCUUUUAUGGCAGUAUUUUAGUUCAUCGGAGGAGGUGGCUGCAGAAGAAAUGGUUCUAUUAUGUUAUGCUUGCCAUUGUUGAUGUUGAGGCCAAUUAUCUUGUGGUGAAGGCUUACCAGUAUACGUCUUUCACGAGCGUUAUGCUUCUGGAUUGUUGUACGAUUCCAUUCGUUAUAUUCCUUACAUGGAUGUUCUUGAAGACGAAGUACGGAUACAGGAAGUUUGCCGGUGUGGCCAUCUGUAUUGCUGGACUUGUGCUUGUUGUGUUUUCUGAUGUGCAUUCCAGUGACAGAGCAGGAGGGCCGAACCCCGUGAAAGGUGAUCUACUUGUUAUUGCCGGUUCCAUGUUGUAUGCAGUCAGCAACGUUACUGAGGAAUUCAUUGUAAAGGAAGGUAGCAGGGUGGAGUUGAUGGCCAUGUUGGGUUUUUUUGGAGCCCUUAUCAGUGCUUGUCAAAUAAGCAUACUUGAACGAAACGAGCUUAAAUCUGUCCGUUGGACCACUGGAGCGGUGCUACCAUUUGUCGGAUUUGCAUUGGCAAUGUUUUUGUUCUACUCUACUGUUCCAGUCAUACUUAAGAUAUGUGGAUCAGCCAUGCUAAACCUGUCACUGCUGACCUCUGAUAUGUGGGCAGUUCUGAUCCGAAUAUUUGCUUAUCAUCAGAAGGUGGACUGGAUGUACUUCUUAGCAUUUGCAGCUGUAGCAGCUGGGCUUUUUAUAUAUUCUGGAGUUUUCAAAGAGGAUAAAACACAAAGCACCAGCAAUGAACAGUAUGACAAGGAAAGGAAUGGAGAGGUUGGGAUUGAUAACUCGGUUGUAAGGUCUCAUACUGCGACUGGAAGCUUUUAUAUGUAGUGGGAAGGAUUUGAAGCUUAAGCCUGUCCUACACAGAUCGAAGGUAAUAUCACUCGAUUAGUAAAUCAACGAUCUAUUGGAUGAAUAACCAUCAAUGGAUCUAAGGAACACUACAGGCUGUAGGGGAGUAAUAAAACGGCAUUCUUUAGGCAAUUUAUGGGCCAUAUUUUGGCUUAUAAAUUGAGAUUAUAUUUUAACUUAUUUGUAACUUUAAGACAUAUUUGAGCGCUGGAAUGUUGAGUGAAAAUAAGUUAAAACUUAAGUCUUAACUCAAAGGCUGGGUGUAUUUAAAUGCAGUCAAAAGAAGAGGUAAGCUUAUAUGACAGUUCCUUAGUACAAACUGGCAGAAGAGAAAAACAUCUAUGCCUCCAGUGCUUAUAUGACAGGUUGCCUUAAACUGGGCCAGAUGCUGUCUCGGAUCGCCAUUGCCACGAAAAGUAUGGAAUUU